GUGAUUAUAACGGCUUUAGUUUAGAUAAAAUGGUAGCAGUAGCAGUCCAGUAUUUUGUUUCUGUCGAAGUCGAAUCCACGUGCUGUUUUAAUAACCUAAAUCUUAAUUUAUUCUAUAAUUUAUUUUAUUAAUUUAUUCAAUUAGAAAGUUUACAUCAGUUUCAAAUAAUAUGAUUGAUACCAUUGAAGUAGCAUCGGAUCAUCCUGUUCUCCAGAAAAGUAAUAAUUUUUUAUCAAGUAGGAAAAACAGCAACGUUUUAAUUGAUAUACUUGGACAUUUUGAUAACAUAGAAACUGUAGAAGAGCCACACAUUUUGGCACUCGAAAAUAUUUUUAUAGAUGUAAUUAGUAAAGAUAUUUUGAGUUUCAAUAAAUUGAAUGAAGAUGACCCCGAAUAUAAAUAUAGGAAAUGGCUAAAUGACUGCUACAGUAAGGCUCUAGCCAAGAUCAGUACGGUGCUCUCAUGUUCACCCAGUCAGUGUAUCCAGGUGCAGGCACUAGACACACUUCUUAAGCUGCUCGUAAUCGAAGGCAAAUUGAAUGUCGAUGAUGGACAUCCAGCAAAUAAACAAGACGCUGUUGCAUUUCCUGAGCAAACCUUGAAUGAUAUUGUAAAAAGUUUAGUUACUAGCAACACACCAAUCGGACAUUUGACUGGCAAAUUGAAUGACUACAUGGCAUUCAAAGAGUUCCAUGCCAACCUGUGGAAAGCGUUGGCUAAUUUUGCGAAAUUGAAAUGCAAUCCUUCUGUGCAGAUUGUGGAAAAUGUUCUAAUUCUCAUAGACUCGUUCCCAAAAGAUAAAGCAUUGCUAACUAAAACUGACAAUCGAAAUAAAGGAAAACCCUCAAAUGAAGAUAGAGCUCUGUCGAUGGCUGUAAAAAGAGUAUGGACUUGGUGUACACAACAUCAUAAACCGAAAAUGCUGAAACUACUUCUAAUUACAGUAUUGGAACAUUUUAUUCACAUCCUCCAUGAGCCUCUCACUCUGAGUGACUUUCUAGUUGACUCGCUCAAUACAGGAGGAGCUACUAGUCUUUUAGCAUUACAAGGAAUUUUUGUAUUGGUACAAAAGCAUAACAUGGAUUAUCCAAACAUAUAUGCUAAGCUGUACUCUAUGACAACAGCAACUAUAUUCACAACCAAGUACAAAGCCAGAUUCUUCUAUCUUCUUGAUUUAUUCCUCACUUCAACGCAUCUUCCUGAACUUUUAGUUGCUGCCUUUGUGAAAAGACUCAGUCGGUUAGCAUUGGCUGCUCCACCCCAGGAUGUUCUUAUACUUCUACCUUUUAUUGGAAAUCUUCUCAUAAGACAUCCUGGAUUAAAGAAGCUUAUGAAUCGUCCAACUGGAGGUUCAGUUGACAUUGACCCAUACAAUAUGGAAGAAAAAGAUGCAACAAAAAGUGGAGCAAUUGACAGCUCGCUCUGGGAAGUGAAAUCGCUGCAGCAUCAUGUGCUGCCAAGCAUUGCAUCUGCGGCCAACUUCAUCAACAAUCCCCUGCCAUCAGUCGAAUGGGAUCUGUCUACUAGACUUGAUUGUACAGCCAAUGAGUUGUUCAACAGAGAAAAAAAGAAGAAGAUGAAGACAGUUGCUGUAACUUUUGAACGUCCAAAGUCACUCAAUGUUCCCAGAUGUAUUGAACUCUCUGAUUUCUGGGAAUUAUAAUCUCCAUAGACAUUGAAAUAUUCUAUAUAAUAUUCUUUCAUCUCUAACUUACUUGAAAUAAACUUUUUUAUUAUUUUAUUGAUAGUUUUAA